CUCGUUUCAGUGUCACAAAUGUUUGUGUGCAUUUAAGCUUUAUAUUACAACUAUUAUUCAUAUAAAGGCAGAAACUCGGCAUUUUAAAAACGAAAAAGAACUGAACGUGUUGCAACAAUCAAGUGAGAAGGAAAUAAUUUCGAUUGAACAUGCCUGAAAAAGUUACACUGUGUAUGUGAUCGGCCAUUGGUUUGAGUGCCACACUUGUGUGUAGCAGUGUAAACGCCGGAUGCUACACUAGGGUCACCUUUUCGUCUUCGGACUAUACCUCUGACACUGUGGAUACUUUUCUUUUAGGGUGUUUGUACGUGCGUUUAGUGCUUAUUGUUGAUGUGGUUGAGAGUGUCAAAUGAAUGUGUUCGACAUAGCUGUAGCCUGUUAUCAGUAAACAGAUUGUUGUGACAGGGCGUUGGUAACAAACGAUAGGAGAUAGCAGGGCGCAACAACCCUUCUUUUAUGUGGCUGUCAUGAACAGAUAAUGUGAAAUAACUGUCAAAAAGAAGAGUAUAGCCUUUCCCAUUGGGCAGAUCUUUUAAGGGGGAUGCAGCUGUCGCGAAGAGACCGUUCACUUUAUUUGGCAACUGUGUUGUAGCAGGCUAACGUUAACAUUUCAUUAAUCGAAUUGACUUGUAGCAACCUUACCACGAAGUUAUGUUGUUAAACAUUGUCCAUUCGAAGACCCGAUGUGUUAGUUAACAGUUUAAAUUGUGUUUCUAUGCGGUUGACCACCUGACAGCUAGGUUUAGUAGAUGCUACAGGAUGAAACUCAUAUUUAAGUUGACAAAAUGCACAGCAGUGAACCUACUGAAGCGCAGGAAUACACAUUGCGGUCAAAAUCGGACGUACUGGGUGGAAAGUACAGUUCUUAAGGGGUCAUGGAAGAGACGUGAAUAUGUAGUUUCGCGUCCCAUGCCACUUUCUCAUUUAGAGUCUGUGGUCACGUCGCCAUUGCCCUGUAUCCGACUUGGAGAGGUUUCAGCACCCCGGGAUCUAUGGAGACUCUCGACGCACAAACUGAACUGUUAUAGUACCUCCACUGAUUCGAGGCCAGCCACUCAAGAUGGGGUUGAAAGUAAAGACAACGCAAUCAAGACUGGUAAAAACCUCAUGCCAGUACCAUCGGAAGACAUCAGAAGACUAUUGCACCUGGCGCACCCGGAGCGAUGGCGACUGUCGACGGCCAUGGGUUUCCUGAUGGCCUCCAGUGCUGUAACCAUGUCGGCUCCUUAUUUCCUGGGAAAGGUCAUCGACACCAUCUAUUCCAGCAGCACCGCAGACUUCAGUUCGUCCCUGACCUCCCUGUGUAUGAUGCUGGGUGGAGUGUUCAUCUUUGGGGGAGCUGCUAAUGCUGCACGCGUCUACCUCAUGCAGAUCUCCGGGCAACAGAUUGUGCGAAAUCUGCGGGAAUCUCUCUUCUCCUCCAUCAUCAGACAGGAAGUCGGGUUCUUUGACAAGACUCGCACUGGGGAACUCAUCAACCGCCUGUCCUCAGAUACCACCAUUGUGGGACGCUCACUGACGGACAACCUCUCAGAUGGCCUGCGCUCGGUCGCUCAGGCGGGUGUGGGUGUCAGUAUGAUGUUCUACGUGUCUCCCAGUCUGGCUGCGUUCGUGCUGAUGAUCGUUCCACCCAUGGCCGGCAUGGCGGUGAUCUAUGGCAGAUACCUGCGCUCCAUCUCCAAACGCACCCAGGACUCUUUGGCUGAGGCUACGCAGCUGGCUGAGGAGCGGAUCAGUAACAUGAGAACGGUGCGAGCGUUCGGUAAGGAGUGGAGCGAGCUGGAGAAGUAUGUGGGGAAGAUCAACUACGUGUUCCAGCUGGCCAAGAAGGAGGCUGUGCUGAGAGCCGGCUUUUUCGGGAUGACUGGUCUCAGUGGCAACAUGAUGAUCCUGGCGGUGCUGUACAAGGGCGGCUUGCUGACCGCCAGUGAGCACAUGACUGUGGGACAACUCUCCUCCUUCCUCAUGUACACCUUCUGGGUGGGCAUCAGCAUUGCAGGUUUCAGCUCCUUCUACUCAGAGCUGAUGAAAGGCUUUGGUGCUGGAGCCAGACUGUGGGAACUUGUGGACAGAAGACCAGAGUUCCCCCUCGAUGAGGGCACAGUGCUGAGACCUGAGCAGUUUAAGGGCCAGCUGCAGUUCCACAACGUGUCCUUUGCCUACCCAACCCGCAAGGACGCGCCCAUCUUCCAGAACCUGAGUCUCCUGGUGCCGGCUGGGACGGUCAUGGCUGUGGUCGGGCCAAGCGGGUCGGGCAAGUCCACCCUGGUCUCCCUGCUGUUGCGUCUGUAUGACCCAGAGUCGGGCAUGAUCACUAUUGAUGGCAGAGAUGUGCGGGAGCUUAAUCCUUGUUGGCUGAGGAGUCAUAUCGGAACAGUCAGUCAGGAGCCCGUGCUCUUCUCCAGCUCCAUAGCUGAGAACAUAGCCUAUGGUGCGGUGGAUCCCAAGAGUGUCACAGCUGAGGACAUCCAGCGUGCUGCUCAGAUUGCCAAUGCCUAUGACUUUGUCCAAGGCUUCCCCAAAGGCUUCGACACCAUAGUGGGGGAGAAAGGAAUUCUUCUGUCAGGUGGUCAGAAGCAAAGAAUUGCCAUUGCAAGAGCCUUACUUAAGAACCCCAAGAUACUCCUGCUUGACGAAGCCACAAGUGCGCUGGAUGCGGAGAACGAGUUCCUGGUGCAAGAGGCGCUGGAGCGUCUGAUGGCGGGCCGCACGGUGCUCAUCAUCGCCCACCGCCUCUCCACCAUCCAGAACGCCGACAACGUGGCCGUGCUGGACCAGCACCACGUCGUCGAGUGCGGCCGCCACGCCGAGCUGCUGGCCAACCGCGACGGACUCUUCCGGAAGCUCAUGGAGAAGCAGGCCUUCAUGCAGGACGAGCAGAAGCAGGCCCUGUAUGAGUGAGGCACCAGAGGCCAGGAACUGAGACUGGGUUAGCUCUGAGGGUCAAAGGUCAUCCAGGACCACAGACUGAUGGGGGACAGUGAUCUGGCAGCACCAACAAGUUGUUUAAUUCUGGCACAUAAACACUCUUCAGACGCUAACCUGAGCGUAGUUUUGGGAAUGGCAGACAAGCGCAGGUUGAGUACCGGUCAUGGUGCUACCUCAAGCUAACCAAUGAUUUGGGUGUGGAUGCAGACUGAGAGAGGAUUAUUUUUUUUCCACUGAUAAUGUAUAUUUUAAAUAGGGUAAAGGAGCUUUGGAAAACUAUUCUUUGACAAGAGAAAAGAACAUGAAAUAUGCUUGAAUAACAACCAACCAACCAAUACCAACCACAAGAAGACUGAAAGGAGAAUGAUGCUUGUGACUUAUGCACAGCAUGAGUCAGUCUGUGUGUCCACUAAUCAAACCUGCCUUACAGAUCUUUAUUUUUGUGACUCCUUAGAGAGACACACAGUAUGCCUGAUGUUUUUACGACUGCACAAUUUAUAUUUUUGUUGUAUCCAAAAACUUGAACAGUACUGUAUAGUGUAUGAAGAUCUGCUUUUGAAACUCUAAGCAAUGACUCCCCAGGUUUUGAAGGCUUUAUUUGACUGAUUUCAGAUGGACUCUUCUAAUUGUAAAACACAACAUUAUGAUGUUGUUAUAGGUCUUUGUAAAACACACCUUGUCUUUUUGUCUCGUCGGUUACAUUUUUCAAACAUUCCUAAUU